AUGAACACUCAAACAAGUUCAGGAUCAGAGAUUCCAAACGCUCACAUCGUGAUAAAGCAAUGGUGGAUUCCAAUCAUCUAUCUUCUUCUUCUUCUGUUCCAAUCGUGUAGCGCAGAAUCAGAGAUCGUCACCAUUGAUGUUCACAGAGCGAACUCUCUUCUCAACAAUGACAAGUACCGUUAUCUUGACGUCAGGACUUCGGAGGAGUUCAUGAAAGGUCAUAUCCACGCCGAUGAUGCUCUUAAUAUUCCUUAUAUGUUUAAUACCCCUCAGGGUAGAGUGAAGAAUGUCAAUUUCUCGGAACAAGUACUCCUAUUGUGUAAAAAGGAUGAUCAUCUUGUUGUGGGUUGUCAAUCCGGCGUUCGUUCUGUUUAUGCAACAACCAUUCUUCUUGAUGCGGGAUUCAAACAUGUAUAUAACAUGGGAGGGGGAUAUCUUGCGUGGGUAGAGAAUGGUCUACCAGUGGCUGUGGUGACACCCAAAGUGGAGCUCUAA